CUUUUUUGGGGAUAGCAAUGGAGAGCGGAGAGUUCAGAGAAGGGAAAUCCUUGGAAGAAACCCCAACUUGGGCUGUUGCUACUGUGGUCACUUUAAUGGUUUUUUUUGGUUUCCUGGUUCAUCACUCUUUGAAAAAGUUUGGGGAGUGGUUGGACAAGACUAAGCGAAAAUCUCUGCUAGCAGCCUUGGAGAAGAUUAAAGAUGAAUUGAUGCUCUUCGGGGUUCUCUCGUUGUUGAUGGGUCAUUGGAUUGCAUUUUUCGCCAAAAUUUGCGUCAAAUCAUCGAGCUUGAAUAGCCAGUUCUAUCCUUGCGCAAAGGUUGGUGAUCGAUUAAUGUCAGAACACAUGAUUGUUUCAAGUUCGAAAUACUUGAACAACACGGUUUCCAGAGCGCAACAGACUACCAGGUGGAAUGGCUAUUGUCCUGAGGGUAAGGAUUCUUUUGCUUCACAUGAAAGCCUCGAGCAGCUUCACAAUUUCAUAUUUGUGCUUGGAGUCACCCAUGUUUCUUACAGCUUUAUUGCCAUCGCAUUGGCGAUGAUUAAGAUUUAUAGCUGGAGAACGUGGGAGAAUCAAGCCAAGACUAUGGCUAUUCAACAUUUACAAGAUUCCUCACAAGCUGGACCAGUUGGUUUGAAAAUGAGGCGACUAACUACUUUUAUUUUUCACCAUGUCUCCCAUCCAUGGAGCCAACACAGAGUUCUUGUUUGGAUGCUUUGCUUCAGCCGCCAAUUCUGGAGUUCUAUAAACCAAGCUGACUAUAUGGCUUUGCGCUUGGGCUUCAUUACUACUCAUCAACUUCCUUUGACGUAUGAUUUCCACAAUUAUAUGGUUCGAAGCAUGGAAGAAGAAUUUCGCGAUAUUGUUGGCAUUAGUGUGCCCUUCUGGAUUUAUUGCAUACUAUGUGUCUUUCUUGAUUUCCAUGGAACCAAUAUUUACUUUUGGCUUUCGUUCCUUCCGGCCAUUUUGAUACUGGUAAUUGGUACAAAACUGCACCGUGUGGUGGUAAAAUUAGCUGUUGAAAUCAUGGAGCACAAUCCAUUGGAUGGUUUUCAUCAGUUUAACCUGAGGGAUGAACUCUUUUGGUUUGGGAGACCCAGGUUUAUUUUAUUGUUGAUACAACUUAUUUCAUUUCAAAAUGCUUUUGAGAUGGCUUCAUUCCUUUGGUCACUGUGGGAAAUCAAGGAUCCUUCUUGCUUCAUGGAGAAUAAAGGCUUCCUCAUGACUCGUUUGGCAUUCGGUAUUAUCUCCCAGUGCUGGUGUAGCUUUAUUACAUUCCCACUCUAUGUUAUAGUUACACAGAUGGGUUCAAGGUUCAAAAAAGCUGUAGUUUCUGAAAAUGUGAGGGAUUCACUAUCCAAAUGGAAAAGAAGAGUGAAGGAAAAGCAAGGUUCCUCAGUUGCACUACUCAGGGAAUCCCGCUCAACCUCAUCCUUAGACUCAAUGGGAACUGACAUGAAUAAAGCCUACAGCGUAGCCUCAAGCAGCACAGUUCACCGGACUCCAACAGAGAAAUCGAUACACGAAUCGUCAUCACCUAGAGGCAAGAAGAAGUUGAAGGCUCCACUCAGCUUUUACCUUGAGGAUUACUGCUCUAAUUAUGAUAUGGAUGCCCAUGACAAUGAUGACAAAUCUGAUGUUGAAGAUGAAAUUCGUUUCAUUGAACCUCGACGUUAUUUUAGUUCUUCAGGUUGAAGGAAAAAAAAAAGAUCAAAACUUCCAAGUGCAAUAAUCUUGUUUGUGUCCUGUUAGAGUUGUAAACUAGAAAUUCAGACUAUAACUACUUCAGGCUGGUUGUAAACCUUAA